UGAUUGGUUAAGACCGUCCUAGAAAAAGGCGCGAAAAAGAUGGUGCAAGAUUUUGCUCGUUGCAACUCGACAAGAAAGUAAAGUACCGUCGUUGCGAAGCUUAUUUUUACUUCAGCUGCUAAUAUAAGCUGCUAAAAGAAAAGUCUGAUUGAAGAGAAAAAAAGUAAAGAUUUGGCCACAAUCUGAAGGAGUGCACUAAAUGGAACUACACCAGAGAGGAAUCCAAGAAAUGUCAUUUUCCAGCAGUCCACAACCUGUUCCUUUUGUGCUACCAGACACACCAUUUAGCCAGAGGAAGAGGACCCCGUUGAGAGCACGAUACCUCCCUACCUCCCCUGCAAAGUCCUGUCCUCCUGUCUCAAGACUCUUCACUCCGAAACAGCAGAAGGGACCACUACUUGUUAGUUUCAAGUCUGAAAGAAAGAGUACAGAGCUCUCCAGUCCCUACUACAAUUCCCAUUUGUCUGUCUCCUAUUUCGAACAAUGUUUUGAGGUACUGGAUAAACUUGGACAAGGAUCGUUUGGUGAAGUGUUCAAAGUACGAUCUCAUGAGGAUGGAAAGCUCUAUGCUGUGAAGAAGUCUCGUCAGAGGUUCAGAGGUCAAUGGGACAGACGUCAGAAACUGAGGGAGGUUGAGAAACAUGAGAACUUGCCACCUCAGCGAAACUGUGUGCGGUUCCACAAGGCAUGGGAGGAGAGGGACUGUUUGUACAUACAGACUGAGCUGUGCUCUGAGAGCUUGUCUGAGUAUGCUGACCAUCGUGGCCGUGUGCCUGAGAGAAGGGUGUGGGCCAUAUUAGUGGACCUGCUGAGAGGCUUGAAGCACCUCCAUGACAACAACUUAUGCCACUUUGACAUCAAGCCGGCCAACAUCUUUCUAGGAGGUGAUGGCUCCACUUGUAAGCUGGGAGACUUUGGAUUGUGUGUGACCAUGGAUCAUGGGGACCUACCAGCUAUGGAGGGGGACUCCAAGUACAUGGCACCAGAGCUCUUGAGGGAAGGGUUUGGCAAACCUGCAGAUGUGUUCAGCCUUGGUAUCAGUGUUUUGGAACUGGCAUGUGAUCUUGAGCUGCCAACAGAUGGUCCCAACUGGCAACUACUGAGACGAUCACAGCUACCCCAAGACUUCAUCAAAGACCUCUCCCCUACUCUUGUGGACCUGUUAUCACGUAUGAUGCAUCCGGACCCAGCGGAGAGGCCGAGUGUAGACCAAGUACUGGCGGAGAGAUCUGUGCGUUGGGAGGCACUGAGAACCAACCUGACCUGUGUCUGCAGAGUGGUGACUACUGGUGUAAUGUCUGUUGUGAGAGGAGUCUUGGCCUUAGUCACUCUAAUAUUGGCUAUCUUCUCGGGUACCAGGUCAUCUAAGCCCUCCUCAGCCACGCCUCUCAUGGUUGUGACCCCAGUAGCUACUAACAGACACCAUAGACAGAGACAACUCAACAACGACUCCUUCUCUGAUGAUGAGGGGCCUCAGAGCUCAGGUGAUCGAGAGGCUUCUAAGUUCAAUACAUCCUGGAUACAGAACAGCCCUGUACGGUACCCCAGUGCCCUCUAUUCUGGUCCCCCCAUUCCCCUGGAUUACGGUGACUCCUCAGACAACCAGUCACCUAACAAGACCUCCAGGCACAGUCCAUUCCCUCGCGUCAGUUUGAAUCAGAGCGGCUUAUUCUCUUCAUCUCAAGACAGCAGUUUCAAUCGAACACCUCGCUCCAAGUCAAUGCUCAAUGAAUCGCUAUCAGAAAGUCUCAACUCAAGUAGGAGCAGUAAACUUGGAAUAGAGCCAAAAAAUCUUAUGGAGGCAUUUUUAGACUCUGGAGAUUAAGUCUUCUUUAUUUUAUGUGUUUCUGUGAUUUCCAAAAUUUUUUACAUUAUUCUGUUUUGUGAUUUGCGAAUACUACACAUUUUGCACUUCUUCCUGCUUACAUUCCAUGGAUUCCGUAUAUCAAGUA